GGGGAAGAAAAAAGAGGAAAGAAAAAAAAGAAAAAGGGAAAAAUAGCGCAGUUAUUCCCGCCUCUGCCUCCUCCUCUCUCUCCUCCCCGGCCAGCCAGGAGCCACGUCACCGUCACCCAGCGCUGGCUUCAGGGUUGCUCAGGCUGGGGCUCUCCAGGGGACAAACCCCAACUUUCAGCCUAAAGCAGGGAGAAGAAGGCCCUAGCCUGGGAGAGGGAAAAUACACCUUGGUGGAAAAGUAAUUAAGGGAGACAUCCAGCCUGGAAGGGGAAAGGCACCCACAACCAGGGGAGAGAAGAGCCUGAACUUUGCUCCACAAGAAGGGAGGGCUCUGUGCUCAGGGAAAAAGGAAAGUUGAGCCGGAGGAGACUGUUCACUCAGUUGAGGCUCAGGGAAGAAAAACUCCCUGCCCUCGCCCUCCCUGACUGCGGAAAGAGCCACACUCCCUUCGCCCCAGAGGAGCCCCCCACCGGCAUCAUGAACAUCUUCCGCAUCCUGGGGGAUAUCUCCCACUUGCUGGCCAUCAUUAUUCUCCUCCUGAAGAUCCUGAAGUCCAAGUCCUGUGCCGGAAUCUCUGGGAAGAGUCAGAUUCUUUUUGCCCUUGUCUUCACAACCCGCUAUCUGGACCUGUUCACAAACUUCAUCUCUGUUUAUAACACUGUGAUGAAGGUCAUUUUUUUGAUAUGUGCCUACGUCACCGUGUACAUGAUCUACAUGAAAUUCCGGAAAACAUUUGACAGUGAGAACGACUCUUUUCGCCUCGAGUUCCUGCUGGUCCCUGUCACAGGCCUGUCAUUUCUGGAGAACCACAGCUUCACCCCCUUGGAGAUACUUUGGACCUUCUCCAUCUACCUGGAGUCCGUGGCUAUCCUUCCUCAGCUCUUCAUGAUCAGCAAGACAGGGGAAGCAGAGACCAUCACGACGCACUACCUUUUCUUCCUGGGCCUCUACCGUGCUCUCUACAUUGCCAACUGGGUCUGGCGCUACCACACAGAGAAUUUCUAUGACCAGAUCGCUGUAGUCUCUGGGGUGGUACAAACCAUCUUCUACUGUGACUUCUUCUAUCUAUACGUCACCAAAGUCCUAAAAGGAAAGAAGCUAAGUCUCCCCAUGCCUGUUUGAAGACAUUCCACAACGCAAGACAUUCUGAAGACAAAGCUUUUAAGAUCACAGCUUUCCUUCCCUGGCCCUUUUUGACUAACGGAUGGCUCAGCCAAGUUUCCACCUGGUGACAGGAAGACGAGGCUUGGAAAGCUGAAAUGCUUUUCAUCCACAAGACUCUUCCCCUCCAUUUUUUUAUUUCUUCUCACUUGAAUUUGGUGCUAGUCUAAGUAGUGCUGGCCAAUACCGAAGUAGUGCAAAUUAUUCUCUCCUGGCUCUUCCCAGCACCUACCUCCGGAACACACCUCUACCUUGAACGUGUGGCAGCACAAGGAGUAUAAGGGAAUUUUUAACUCCCUUUAGUCCUUUGGCAAGUCCCUGUGGUAAAGGGACCACGGUACUAUUAAGUCUGAUAGCACAGACAAAAGCCGCUGACCUAUUUCACAGGUGGCCACAUCUGACACAGCAGAUGCUACAAACUGUUAUUUUAACUCUGUAUGAACUAACACCCUCUUCAAAAUUAAGUCUGCCUGACCCUCUCUCUAUUCAGAUCCCGUAACAUUCAAGAAAAACACAUUCCCUUUGAAUGAUAUGAAUCUUCCAGUUCCACAAGUAUUCAAACAUCCUCCCCACUCACUCACUUUCAGUUCCUCAUAUCCUACAGAUGGGGACAAUUUCAAUUAAAAUUCAGUGGGUUGCCAAGAGGUGUUUCCAUCUCCUUGAAUUUGACUUUAAAAACUGGGAAGAACAGGGGCAAAGACGGCUUUACAUUUCAUAAAUAAAGACAAAGUUCACAAUUUAUUGACAACAGUGUUUUUAUUUAUACCUACAAAAGAAAACAAGAUGGUAUCAAAAGGACAAUUUACAAACUAAGAAUAGUAACAUAGCUCUUAGUAUCCUGUGCCUGAACACCACAGAUCUAUGAAUCUCUCAAUUCAAGUCUUUAUUAAUACAACAGGAAUGUGUUCAGAGACCAGCAGGUGUGUGAAACAAGAUGCUGAUCCCACACAAAGCCACUAACCCUUCCAUUGUUCAGAGAAGUCCAAACAGUAAAUUGCUUCAGGAAGUGGGAGGGGAGGAGACACCCAAUUCAUCUGACACUCCCACAAACUUUUUACAGAUUGAAAACAAUGCAAACAACACUAGAGACUAAUGCUUUAUCCACAAGGGCCCUCCAGCUGGUAUAUGGAACAGAGCAGCGAGCACCAGGUGGGACAGGGGCAGCACAUGCCACGGUGCAUUUAUGCACUCAACAGUCUGGUUGACACUCUGAAAUGAACCGAGACCCUGGACUUCAGCUGACCUCAAUGGCAAUAAACUAAGACUUGGCAUCGAUGUUUACAUGUGCACAAGUCCCCACCAAAAGAAGUGAAAGCUAUAACAGACUACAAGGCAGCUUGGGUGGUCCAGAGACCCUUUUUAAAGCCAGUCAGUGAGAUGUCCUAUUCCUACACUCCUCAAACACAUUUCUGCAUUCAACUCUCAAAUUUAAAACAAAGAAAAGAAAAAGAAAAAAAGCUCUAUAUUUGCUUGUGAGGGAGGCCAAAGACAAAUCAGUCAGCGCCUGGAUAAACAAAAUGUUUCUGGCUUUCACUUAACACAAGCAAAGGAACUUCCUGCCCAUACACUGGAAUUAUAAAAUGGGAUGAGGGAACUGAGGUUCUGGAAGAUCUCUCCCUUCUCCCUGUCAGCAACCUACCUGUGUACUGCACUCAAAAAAAAAAAAAAAUGGCAGCACAUUCAACCCCCAAAAUUUUACUCUGGUAAGAAAUUAAAUUUAAAAAGAAAUCAUUUCUGUAUAAGCAAGCUCUUUUCCAGGGCUAUAAGAAGUUCCACUCUGCUACAGAAGGAGUGGGCUGCCUUGUUCAUCCAUAUGCAAGAACGCCAACAGAAAAAACCCACAACCCCCUGCACUCUCAUAAUGCAAAGAGCAUGCCUCAAACCAGGAGAUGUAUCCAUUCUUUUGUCACAUUAUCAGAUCAAGAGCAGCCAACUCCUGUUAUCAUCUACUGUCUCUGAACCGUCUGGUAUUAGAAAUAACAAGUCAACAACAUGCUUUACUAAGGAGGGGAACCCCCCUCACACCCACCUUAGCCUGUAAAAUAAACAAGUUUUAUUUACGUAUUUACUAAAAUUUCACUCUUCUCUAACAUUUUCUAAAAUACUACCUACCUGCAAGAGCUCAGCUCAAAGGGACCAAUGGAGCAGGGAAAUGCACUCAAAAGCCAGAGAAAGCAAUAGUCAGAGCAAGGUACAAAAGAAAUAAAGCUUCAGAAUCAGGAUGCACUAACCAGCUCACUGCUUACCUCAUGGAAAGGAGAUCCCAGUCAAUCUCCUCCUCCUCCUCUCUUCCUCCCCCCCUUGCCCUCCCCCCCAGCCCACUCUAUUCAAGCCUCUUAAAUUCAAGUGUGGAAAACUCUGUCACAUUUUAUUGAGCGUAGUGGCAUUCAGAACAUUCCCUAUGGCAAAAGGGAGGGAGUUUGUGAAGGACAGACGAACAAGGUAUGUUGUUCAUCAUUUGUUUAGUUUCUUGGCUCUCAAGUAUGACUUCUCUCAAUAAACUCAACAACAGGAAUUUAAGAGCAGAAACUAAUUUAACAAUAACCAGGCUCCGCAUGAAAUAACUUACUUGACUGAGUAUUUUAGCAGUGGUACCCACAGCAACUAUCAGGUUUUCAGGUAUCAAAUCCAAGGCAGGUUUGGUCUCAGACACUGGAUUUUUAAUUCCAACCUCCCUACUGCUGGCUGCCACAGGUAUGAGAAGACGGGGCUUCCAGAGCUGCGGAAAAUGCCGACAAUAAGGCAUUACUCUGAACACUGCCAGCUCAGACAAAUGAGCAGAGUUUUCCUAUAGAAAGUCAUCUACGACAAGAUUACAAGCAAUAAUAGUGAGCUACUUAAAAAAAAAAUAAGAUUAGGAGAAGUGAGCAUUGCUCCCUUGCAUUUAUAUUUUAAAUGAAGUGCUUUUUGGCUCCCCGAAGUUUCCCACCUCUCUUGAUACUUCCUGAAAUUAAGUUAACAUGUUACAGAAUAGAAAUUUCUUCCUCUCAAAAGCAAGUUUUCACACAAACCUUAGACACCAAGAUGAUCGACCUGGGACCUAUCUGCCUUAUACCCAUUUCCUUUAGAGAAAAUAAAAUUUCCAAACUCAUCAACAUGCAAGAUAAAAAUAAUGAAUUUCCAGUCAACUAUAUAUACCUCUUAAAAAAAAAAAAGAAAAAACCAAA